AUGACUGCCAGAGCGGUACCCCCUAACAGAAUAGCGACGAUCGGGCCUUCCUAUUUUGUUAUUUUGAAUGGCAUUGACGGGAUUAGAGAGGCAUUGGUUGAAAGAGGGGACGAUUGUGCAGGCCGCCCAGAAAUGUUCAUAAAGUCAUUUGGUGCCGGGGGAAAAGGUAUUAUCACACACAGUUUUGAUAGUGAUCUACAAGAGCAAAAGAAAUUCGCUCUGAGGUCUCUGAAAUGCUUUGGUCUCGAGGGUGCAUCAAUGGAAGCGAGAAUCAAGCGAGAGUCGAUCUCCUUAGCUGAACUAUUACUUGAAAAAGCUGGCGAAGCCAUUGGUAUGGCCAGAUACCUUCAGCUUGGCACAUCUAAUGUUAUAUGUUCUGUAACGUUUGGGGAAAGAUUCGAUUAUAACAGUGGACAAUUCCAGUUUCUUCUGGACCAGUUAGAUGAACAGUUCUACACAAAUCCGUUCAAGUAUCUCCUCCAGAUUGCUCGUAUCAUCCCAAAACCACUGAGAAAACGAAUGUCGUGGAUGGAUCUCGCAUCACCAGCUGAAAAAGUUCUAGGAUAUUUGAGUAAAGUUAUAGAGGAACACCACACGAAGUUCAACCCUGACUGCCUGCUGGAUAUCAUUGAUGCCUUUCUGUUGAAGCAGGAGCAACACAAAGCAGGUUAUUUUGAGAAUCGGGGAGAAUCUGCUAAAUCAUUUAAUAAUGAGCAGCUCAAAUAUUUGUUGUUAGAUUUUUUUUUGGCUGGAACCGAGACCACAGCAACUACACUUAACUGGGCGUUACUGUUCAUGAUCCGCUUCCCACGUGUUCAAGAUAAGGUCCAGGAGGAACUGGAUAUGUUGCUUGGAAAAGAUCCCAAUGCAGUAGCAUCAAUGAGUGAUAGACGUAGCCUUCCCUAUACCUCAGCAACUUUACUAGAAAUCCAACGUAUACGACCAGUGGCUCCCAUGGGUACUCCGCACUCAACGAUAAGAGACACCUGUCUCCAUGGUUACGAACUUCCAAAAGGGACACCGAUUAUUACGAAUCUGUGGUCAGUCCACCAUGAUGAAAAAUAUUGGCCUAAUCCAGAGGAGUUUGUUCCAAGUAGAAUGUUAGAUGAAGAUGGUAUAAUUAUUAGACCAUAUUCAUUUCUACCUUUUGCUAUAGGUCCACGAGCGUGUCUUGGAGAGCAGUUGGCGAAAUUGGAACUAUUUAUCUUCUUCACAACAUUGAUGCAUCGAUUUUCGUUCUCUAGUCUGCAAGGACAACCCAUGCCAUCAUUAGAACCACAUUUGGGCAUAUCCAUGACUCCAAAACCAUAUAAACUUUGCAUCACGCAGAGAUUAUAA